UCCGGGCAAACCUGGACAGACGUCUGGCAGACACACCGAAGACACACUGAAGGACUAUUGUGGACGAAUCAAAAUGAAAAGGAAUCACGAUUUUAGCUCCUCGGACAGCGAGUUGGAUGAGACUAUUGAGGUGGAGAAGGAGAGCGCAGAUGAGAAUGGGAAUAUGAGCUCUCCUCUCGGCUCCAUGUCUCCCACUACAUCAACUCAGGUGCAGGCGAGGAAAAGGCGUCGAGGAAUAAUUGAGAAACGGCGCCGUGACCGGAUCAACAACAGCCUCAGCGAGCUCCGCAGGCUGGUUCCCAGCGCCUAUGAGAAACAGGGCUCAGCCAAACUGGAGAAAGCAGAGAUUUUGCAGAUGACUGUUGACCAUCUGAAGAUGCUUCAUGCAGCUGGAGGCAAAGGUUACUUUGACGCCCACGCCCUGGCAAUGGACUACCGUGGUUUGGGUUUCAGGGAGUGCCUGGCUGAGACGGCCCGCUAUCUGAGUAUAAUCGAAGGCUUGGACAGCGCAGACCCUCUGCGGAUCCGUCUGGUCUCCCACCUGAACAACUACGCCAGUCAGAGGGAGGCUCACUCUGGCCUGAGUCACCUGGCGUGGGGUUCUGCAUUCGGAUCCCCUCCUGCCCACCUCACCCACCCCCUCCUACUCCAGCACCAACAGGGGGCACCUUUGGCACCUUUACCCCGCAGCACCACCAGCAGCCCACAUACGCCUCUGUCAUCCACAUCCACUUCAUCCACUACUCCCUCCUCUUCGUCGUCAUCAUCCUCGUCGGCCGCAGAGACUCACGUCCCAGGAAGGCGCAGCAGCAGUGCAACGCCCCACUCAGAUCAAGGCCCGAUCCGGGUCCCCCCUACGACUGCCGCUCCUACCACCGUUCUGCACCCCGCCUUGGUCCCCUCAUCAGCAUCCAAGCUCUCCCCUCCUCUCCUCUCCUCCCUUUCGGCAUUCCCCUUCCCCUUCAACGCCUUCCCCAUCAUCUCCCCCACCACUGCCAUCAGCCCCCCGGCCCCAACAUCCAGUGUGGGGAAACCCUACAGACCCUGGGGUAUGGAGAUAGGGGCUUUCUGACUGAGGUGAACACCUCAACACAAUCUACACAUAGACUUAACUCACUACCCAGCUGAGCUGGACUUUCAUGGACAAGACUUUUUAUUUUCCCUGCUAAGAAAGUACUAUUUUUUCUAUGAUGUUGACAUCCCACAGAGGACAUACCUAGCUAUAGGAUUUUUAUUUUCUUGCUAACGUAUUGUGUUUUGUAGAAAAGAAAAAAAAAAAACAGUGAGGAGGGAGACCACGACUGAAAAGCAA